UGAGUUUUUGUUUACCUAGCAACAGGCAAGCGAUGGGCAACGCGAACAGGCAAAAGAUAAAACGUAGCUAAAGCUGUGUGCUUUAUGAGGCUGUCGUUAGUUCUUUUGUGUGUUUUUUUCGGGGUUUUUUUUUCUUUCUCUUUGUUUGUUGGAGACACCGAGCUAACAAUAACCAGACUUCCGGUUGUGAUUUUUAAUGUCUUUCAAGGAGUCAUCUCGUCCAUCGGACGAUGUCGAAGAUGAGGAAGCUAGUUUCUACAUGCAGUGCAGAGCUGCGUACCUUGCUGUCUUCAAGUCCAGUUUAACAAAUAUUACUUCGAAAAAGCAGUUGUGUCGUGCUCUUCAACAGGCUGGUAGAAAUCCCUCACAAGCUUCUCUCGGGGAGUAUUGGACAAACACAACRUCUAAACUGAACUUUGACGACUUCUGUGAGAUUCUGAAACAUGAGAAGAAAACUGAGGAGGCAGAGCUGAUGAGAGCAUUCAAAAAAAUGGAUGUCAACGGUGAUGGCUUCAUCACGUACAGUGAACUGGAGAAGACUCUAACCACUAGAGGGGAGAAAAUGACAGCUGAGGAGGUGAACGCUAUUUGUUCAUUAGCAGACUUCUGUAAGGAUGGAAAACUGGAUUAUACACAGUUCUGCAGAUUGUUUGUUUCRACAGUGCAGCAGUGUCAAACGGCUGCUUUGGAGAAGCUCGAAGCUGACGCCAAGCUGAAAAGGCAGAACUUUGGCAGUCAGUCGUACAGCCCUCCGAAGGCAUCGCCGUCAACCGUAGAAGCAGCUCACCCUGCGGAAUCRGGCUCGACGCUUAAGAAAGACAGCCGAUCCUCCUCCCGUCCUCCUUCUGCUCGCAGCAGACGGUCCUCUCUGUCAAACUCAGUCACGAUGACGUCCACCAGCACCAAGGCCUGCAAAAUCCCAGAACCUCCAAAUUUACAGGCAAGCCUUCACCGUGGAUGACGGUGGACACUGCUCUUUUUAUCAUGACAUCUGAGAACAAAGAGGACUCGACUUUAGUCUGUUUCACUGAAUCUAAAGACAAGGAAAAGUAUGUUUGGAAAGGAGAAUUAAAUGCAGGGACCUACCACCUGCUUCCCUUCACCAGUGGCUGCCGAUUAAAGAAACAAAGCAAGACGAAUAUCCCUAACAGAUCUGUGGAACUAGUCUACAAGACGGACACUGAAGAACUAGAUCUCACCAGGGAGUUUAGGGAGGUGCUGUGUGAGAUAUUCGAGGCCAUAGACCUGGAUGGAAAUGGUUUGCUCAGCCUAGAGGAAUACAAUUUCUUUGAGYUGAGGACCAGUGGAGAGAAAUGUGACCAGGAAGCCUGGUCUGUGUGUAAAGAAAACUUUGACAUGAGAAAGAACCAGCUGACGCAGCAGGGUUUCAUGGAGCUGAACCUGAUGGAGGCCACGGAGAAAGACGGAGACCCCGCAGACCUGUGGGUCACCCUGGAAGCCAUGGGCUACAAUCGGAUGCUGGAACUAGUAGAGGCAUGUCCAUUCCAGAUAGAUGUUUACUGCGAGGAAAGUCAGCCAUCCAUGCAGCCACUCAGCAUGGACUCAAGACCCAAACUUCUGAACCAARCCCUCCAGAAGUCCAUCAUAGCUAGGACAGGAGCCAAAGCGCUGAGGGGCCAAGACAAUAUUUUUGUCUACACUUACAGAGGGGAGCAYAGGAUCUCAUCCCUCUUAGCCAACAAGACCAAUCAGAGAGUAACGGUUCAUGUGAACAAUGAGCAGAGCAGGAACUGUUGCAGCAGCAGAGGCAUGGCUGUGUUUGCUGUGGAAGUACCGGCCAGAACUAAAAUGGUGUGCCAACAUGUGUUACCCAUUAAUGAGAAGCAGGACUGGACCUAUAACUGCGUUGAGACCAUUCUACCCAACACGUAAAGCUGCAYGUUAUUCCAACAUGCAUGUUUUUAAACCGUGGGAGGAAACUGGACGCUCCAGCUGAGAUUUGAACGUUCUGAUGUGAGGUGACGGUGAUAACUGCUACAUCACUGUACAGCCCGUUAGCUCAUCUGAGCAGCGUUUUAGCUUGUGAACUUUCACUAGGCCACUGAUUAGUUUAUUAAUAGUCGUCUUAAUCAGGUCCUUUUGCAGGAAGCUGAUUUAAAAAGGAGACCAAUGUCCUCUUGAAAAAUGUUUUCAAAUGUUUUUCUUACAAAAAUUGCAUUUUGUCACAAUAUAACAAAUAAAUGCCUUAUCAAUGUUUCAUUUGAAUGAACU